GAUGCACUAAUUGUAAGUGUAUAUUGUGUUUUUGAUGUUGAUUUAAUAAAAAAUAAAAAAAAUAAAAAAAUUCUUCUGCGGCCCGGUACCAAUCGGGUCACGGCCCGGUGGUUGGGGACCACUGCUCUAUACAACAAAAAUGCUCUGCUGUUUUUGGUCAUCUGUUUCAGCAACGCUACCAAAGAUCCUCUAUAUAACAAAAAUGGUCUGCUAUUUUUGGUUAUCUGUUGCACAAGCGCUACCAAAGAUCCUCUAUAGAACAUGAUUGCUCUGCUGUUUUUGGUCAUCUGUUGCACCAACACUACCAAAGAUCCUCUAUAUAACAAAAAUGCUCUGCUAUUUUUGGUUAUCUGUUGCAUAAGUGCUACCAAAGAUCCUCUAUAUGACAAGAGUGCUCUGCUGUUUUUGGUCAUAUGUUGCACAAGCGCUACCAAAGAUCCUCUAUACAACAAUAAUGCUCUGCUGUUUUUGGUCAUCUGUUGCACCAACACUACCAAAGAUCCUCUAUACAACAAAAAUGCUCUGCUAUUUUUGGUUAUCUGUUGCACAAGUGCUACCAAAGAUCCUCUAUGUGACAAGAGUGCUCUGCUGUUUUUGGUCAUGUGUUGCACAAGCGCUACCAAAGAUCCUCUAUAUGAUGUGUGUGUCCUCCAGGUGUUCUUCUCCGAGGGGGACAUCUUCUACCAGCCCGGCGUGAGCAGCCAAGCUCUGCGUCUCACGUCCAGCGGGGACCCUCACCGUCACCGUGUGGUCAACGGGCUCUCGGACUGGACUUACGAAGAGGAAGUGCUGCUCUCCUACGUCGCCCACUGGUGGUCGGCGGACGGCGCCCGGCUGGCGUACCUCAGCAUCAACAACUCAGCCACGCCUCUUGUGGAAAUACCCAAGUUUCUGGGUGGACUGUACCCCUCCAACGCCAUCUUCCCCUACCCCAAGGCUGGCUCCAACAUCCCGUCUGUCAGCCUGCUGGUGGUAAACCUGUACGGCCCCGCCCACACGGUGGAGAUGACACCCCCAGACUCUGUCAGGACCAGCAGAGAAGGCUACAUCUCCAUGGUGACGUGGACCAGCAGCACCCGCCUGGCGGUCCGCUGGCUCAACCGGGCCCAGAACCAGUCGGUGCUGUGCGUGUGCGAGGCCACCACGGGGGCGUGCUCAGAGAAGCACAAAGUGUCCGUGGAUGGAAUGCCCAGACCGUGGCAGGACGUCCCUCUGUUCUCAGAAGACGGCGCCAUGUUCUACGCCGUCUUGCCCGCCAAGCAGGGCGCCCGAGGAGAGUUCAGCCACGUCGCCGCUCUCCCAGCCCGGCCCAGCAACCCUUCCAUCCCUGCUCGCUUCUUGACAUCGGGGAGUUGGGACGUCACCUCGCUCUGCGCCCUGGACGACAAAGCCGGAAAAAUCUAUUUCUUGAGUACGGAGGAAUCCAAACAAAGACGGCACCUUUACAGCGUGGACGUGGAUGGUGCGUUCGAGCGCCAGUGCAUCACUUGUCACCUCCUGGACGGGUGCCACUUCUUUGACGCCCUUUUCAGCCCCAACCGCACCCACGUCGCCCUCCGAUGCCUGGGCCCGGGGAUUCCCAAAGUGACGGUCCACAGCAUCCAGGACCCCUACCGAUACGUGGUCCUGGAGGACAACAACCCCCUGUCCAUAGCCCUGGAGGACAAACAUCUCCCCGAAACUCUGUUCAGGACAUUUUCAACUGACAGCCACGACGUGCACCUGAAGCUGUCUUUGCCUCGAGGUUACGAGGCCAACUUGCAUCCCUUGCUGGUCAUUGUAGACGGCCUUCCUGGUCGCGAGUCCGUGACAGAGGAGUUCUCCCUGGGCUGGCCUCAGGUCCUGUCCGGCGCCCACGGCGUGGCGUUGGCCUGGGUGGACAGCGGGAGCGGGGCGGGGCGCGGGCAGAAGGUCGCCAGCGCCGCCAGUAAGCUGGGACCGCUUCACGUCAGAGAUCACCUGGAAGUAGUGGAGUUCUUGAUGAAGCUGCCCUACAUUGACGACCGCCGCAUGGCCCUCUAUGGCAAGGCCUUUGGUGGAUACCUAACUCUGAAAAUGCUAACAGCAACAGAGAAGCUCUUCCAGUGCGCAGCUGCUGUGGCCCCAAUAACAGACUUCAGACUUUACAACGCGGCGUUCUCUGAGCGAUAUCUCGGCCUCCCGACAAAGGAGGAGCAUGUUUACUCGACCGCCUCUCUACUGGAGGACGUCAUCAAACUGAAAGACGAGAACUUUCUUAUCUUGCACGGAACGGCGGACGCCAAGGUACACUUCCAGCACAGCGCCGAGCUCCUGAGCCGCCUGGUGAGGGUGGAGGCCAACUACUCCCUGCAGCUGUACCCGGACGAGGGCCACACGCUGAGGGAACCGCGAAGCGUCCAGCACUUCCAACGCACGGUACUCAACUACUUCCAUAGCUGCUUCAAGCACAGCGUCCUCUUGGACCCCGCCAAGGACGAGGAGGAGGAUGAGGACUGAGGACUCUGGGAGUAAGGGGUACGGUUCUGGACACCUGGGCUCUAGACCAAACACUUGAAGCUCCUCCUGGAGGAACUUAACUCCCGAUUGGCACACAAACGUUUGUGCUGUUUACUGUCGGCUCCAAAAGACACCAUUCUUUACAAAGGACACAGGAUAAAGUACAAAGGAGUAUUUAGGUCCACCUGAAAAGACGAUAAAUAGUCACGACUACCAGGGAUGGAUACCGAAUUUGGUACUUUUAUACGUAGUGACCAAAUUCCGGUGGAACUACAGCAGGGGUCACCAACCUGGCACCAGAUGAGUCGCCCGCUGGCCUGUUCUAAAAAUAGCUCAAAUAGCAGCACUUACCAGUGAGCUGCCUCUAUUUUUAAAAUGUUAUUUAUUUACUAGCAAGCUGGUCUCGCUUUGCUUGACAUGUUUAAUUCUAAGAGAGACAAAACUCAAAUAGAAUUUGAAAAUCCAAGAAAAUAUUUUAAAGAUUUGGUCUUCACUUGUUUAAAUAAAUUAUUAUUUUUUUUUUACUUUGCUUCUUAUAACUUUCAGAAAGACAAUUUUAGAGAAAAAAUACAACCUUAAAAAUUAUUUUAGGAUUUUUAAACACAUAUACCUUUUUACCUUUUUAAAAUCCUUCCUCUUCUUUCCUGACAAUUUAAAUCAAUAAUCAAGUAAAUGUAUUAUUUUUUAUUGUAAAGAUUUAUAAAUACAUUUUCAUUUAAUUCUUCAAUUUAGCUUCUGUUUUUUUGACGAAGAAUAUUUGUGAAAUAUUUCUUCAAACUUAUUAUGAUUAAAAU